GAAACGCAGCGUUUUGUUAGUCUAGAAGACUAGAACCCAAUAAACCCCAGUGAGACGCCCAGCUCAUCGUCUCCAACUUCUCAGCUCCACAGAACCAUGGCUGCAGCAGCUUCUGACAUGACAAUGGCAGAUGCCCAAACCCAGUGGGAGUUUAGCUGUGACUUGGAGGUAGAUUUUGAGUCCGAGGAAAGUGCUUCCAUUGUCUAUGCAACAUUAGCUGUUGAUAAGGAGUUGCAACCAGACAAGGUGAAAAGGCAGAUGUCAGUUUCCAACUGCAAGCUUUCCGUGCACUUUGAGGCUGUUGAGGCGAGAUUUCUUCGAGCAUCAUACAGCGCUUUGUUAGAUGCGUUGACACUCGCCACGAAAACAAUUGAAGAAUUUGGAAAUGGAUUGGAACUGUGAGCGGUUAGCUUUGCUAGUUUUUCAAUGAAAGGAUUCAAAGCAUGAAUUGUAGUUUGAUUACUUAGCAUACGACCUAUAGCAUUCAGCGAUAUCCUCUACGCAACAUUUCAAUGCGAUUUAUGCAUCGUUGGAUUUACAAUCCGUA